AUGCGAGCAACGAGUGCCUUUAUCGUAUUGUCUGUGAUAGGGGCGGUUUGCGAUGGACUGAAUGUGAGCGGAACUUUGAACGCUGGUUCGUUCGUGGAAUCCGUGAACAAAAGUGAAGGAAAGUUUGUUCGUUAUGCAAAGAUUUUCCCUAUCUCGCUCCAUGAUGGCUCUUCGCUGGACGAAGAACCUGUCACACCGGGAAUGGGACUGUUAAGCAUAAGUUAUGUUUUGGACGGAGUAAAUGUGACGCUUGAUUUGAUGCUCAAUGAUGAAAUCGUCCCCGCGGAACAUUUCGUUAGCAUGCAGAUCAAUGGGACGGAGAAGCUCAAGCGUCUCAUGGAACACGAAAUUGAUUUGUGCCACUAUCACGGAAAAAUUCGUGGCCAACCUGAUUCGUACGCAGCCUUGUCAACGUGCAACGGUAUCCGUGGAAUUGUAUACGAUCAGAGCGAAACCUACCUCCUGGAGUUUGACGAUAUCAACCCCAAGCAGCGGGACCAUUAUGUAUUCAAACCUGUUCAGAAACUGACUAGACAACGGACUAAAAGAGCCUUGGAAUCAUUUCAACCAUCGUUAGCAGAAUCUUUCCGUACGGCCUAUCGAUCGACCGGAUCGUCGAACUUUGUCGAAUUAGUAAUUGUCAUCGACCGCAGUUUGUAUCGGAUUACCGCCAAUGCUCAGCGUAUCCAUCGGUACUGCCUAGAUCUGGUGAAUGUUAUGAACGCCAUUUACCGACCUCUAAAUAUCUACAUCGCACUCGUUGGGGUUGUGAUUUGGUCCGAACGGGAUGCAAUCGACAUCACGCAUGACUCGAAGAAGACACUGGCGAACUUUUUGACCUAUCGGCGGGAAACGCUGAUGAAGUUGAUCCCCCAUGACAACGCGCAUCUGCUGACGGCGAUCCACUUUACAGACAGUGUAGUGGGCAAGGCGGAAAUGGGCUCCAUGUGUACGUACGCCGGAUCUGGUGGGGUGGAAGUGGUCGAUACUAACUUUGUGGCUUUGCUGGCCAGCACAGUGGCGCACGAGAUGGGACAUAACUUUAACAUGGACCACGAUGGACCCGAAUGCUACUGCCCAAGCGGAAAUUGCGUCAUGGCUUCCAAGACAGUUCGCAGUCAAGCUGCCCCAAAAGAGUGGAGCUCGUGUAGCGUUCAAUAUCUGGAAACCGGACUGAAGCAUGGUUUGGGAGCUUGUUUAAAAAACAAGCCAGCGAAAAUGUUUGUGAAAAGUACCUGCGGAAAUGGCCUGUUGGAACCUGGGGAAGAGUGUGACUGCGGUCUGCCGCAUGUAUGUGAUACGAAGUGUUGUGAUGCUAUGACUUGCCGGCUGACAAUGAACUCAACGUGUGCGACUGGCGAAUGCUGUGACCUUGACAACUGUCAACCGAAGCGAGCUGGAAUAAAGUGCAGGGCUGCUAUUGGAGAGUGUGACCUUCCAGAGUAUUGUGACGGUCAAACGGCUUUUUGUCCAAAGAAUGUGUACCUGAGAGACACGGAAGCUUGUGCAGGAGGCAAAGCGUAUUGCUAUCAAGGACGAUGUAAGACACGUGAUAAUCAGUGUAAGCUAUUGUGGGGCUCGACUGCCAAAUCUAUUGACGAUUACUGCUAUCAAACCAAUCGAAAUGGGUCUAUCUUUGGAAACUGCGGUAACAAAUUGCAAACAGAUGAGUACCUGAAAUGCAAUCAAGAAGAUAUAAUGUGUGGUUUACUGCAUUGUAGUCAUCGAAACGAAAAACUAGAUUACGGAAUGCAAGCGUAUUCCAAGUUAACCACUACUAAGUUUAGUCACUAUGGACCAAGAGGAACGGUCAGAGAUACUAUUUGCAAUUCUGCCAUCAUUGAUUUAGGUUUAGAUAUUACCAACCCCGGCCUGGUGCCGGAUGGAGCGAAAUGUGGCUCAGGAAAGAUGUGCUGGAAGCAACAGUGUGUCUCGUUGACUCUUCUGCAAGAGAACGACAUCGGCGAAAUCUGCGCUGGGGGUUGUAGUGAUCACGGUGUAUGCAAUAGUGAAGGAAACUGUCAUUGUGAUGAAGGUUAUGGAGGACAGUUUUGCGAAAAAUCCGGUCUUGGAGGCUCGAUUGACAGUGGACCUACUGUAGACCCUACGGGGUCGAUCAAUUCUAUGCUCGCUCUGUACAUCUCCUUCACAACAUUGUUAUUUGCAGCGAUUGCAGGAUUCUUAUACUUCUAUCGCAAUGUACUGAGGGAGCAAUUAAGAAAAAUACUAAUUAAAUUCAGAAUGCGAAAAUAUGGACACAUGGUUCCCCCAGCGUCGCCAACAAUCGUAGCUCCACCUAAGCCACCCCGGUUAGUCAUUGUACCACCAACGGUCACCGAUGCGGUGCCGAAACGGGUCGCUCCAGCUCCCCCCAGCACGCAAAAUGAACCUUCUCAACAUUUCAUCAAAGUCAACAUAAACAACAACGGUAAGGUUACAAUAGAAAACCAAGUAAUCAGUUCUCCGUUUCUUCUGAGCUCACCACUGCUGGACGCCCACGAAGCAAUUCACGAAAUGAAAUCCAAAGGAGUUCCUGCGAUUCUUGAACAGCGUUCAAUUAGUGUGGAUUCCGAAAGCCCACUAGUAGACUCCCCUGAGUACGUCCCCUCUACCGACACUCCACCAGUUCUGAACGAGUCCGUACCGAAUAUCGGAGCACUACUUAGCCAAGUCAAACUGAAAAAAGUUCAAAACUUCCAUACAUAUCGAUCUAAAAGUGAUGAAAAACCACAACGGCGCCUGCCAGAGCUACCAAGGCAAAAGACUAUCGGUGAGUUUCAGAACGUUGUAGCCGAGGUUCAUCCAAAAAGAAGCCCAGCAACGGAGGAGCCUCCCACUAAUCCGUUCGGCAUGGUUACACUGAAAAAGGUUAAACCUAGAACACCGAACCGUAGUCUAGAAAAUCUAGACGAAAUUAAAGAGGAAGAUUGCAGUAGUAAGCCAGCAUACUCCAGGGUAGCGGCAAAGCCACUCCAAACAGCCGAUCUCAGCACGGCACCAAAACCAAUUCUACCUCAGAAACCACAGCAAUCCAUAGACAAUCAAACCGGCAAUGGAAAGCCGAAACCAACUAGGAAAUUACCUCAGCUUCCACACGGAGGUAGUAAGAGUAGACCUCCGCUGAUGAGGAAGCCUGCUGUCAGUGAAGAUUCGGAGCCUAGCUCAACAGCUAGCAGCACUGUAUCUGCACUUAAAGCAAAGCUCAAUCUAGAGCAAGUAGCUGGAGGUAUAAAGCGAUGA